UUUCAUCAAAAAUUUUCGGGUUUCUUCAAAAAGAGCAACGUUGACCCGACCCGUUUGCCAUUAAUUCCCCACCUAAACCGGCAAAACGCAGACCAGUAGCCAAGGCAGUUCCCACCUGAAAAUCCUGACCCAAUUACAGUAAUGGAGCAAAACCCUCUUCAAUCCGACGGCGGCCCAGAUGGCCUUCCCGUCAGGUCCACGACCCUCAUAACCUUCUCCCGCCGAGGCCGAAACCGGAAUCCUAAAGCUGCUCAGCAGAGACUUGAAAUCCUCAGAAAAACCCUAAACCCAAUUCCCUUUGUGCCCGCCAAAAACCCGAACUUGCAGCGCCAUGAGGAGCUCCUGAAGCGGCUGGGCCUCUGGGACUUUCUCCACAUCCAGUUUGAUCCGACUGUUCGGGCUGAUCUUAUUGCUGAGUUGAUUGUUAACUAUAACCCUCAGCGGCGGUGCAGCUACGUCGGUGAGGUCCGGAUUAGGGUCAGCCCUGCCGAUUUGGGACGCGCAUUGAAGCUUCCGGUUGGGGUGAAAUCGAAGAAGAAUGUGGUUGCAGGUGAGGUGGAGGAGGCUCCGGCUCCGGCGGCGUCGGAGGAAUCGAUAGCUUUGGUUGAGGAUUUGGUAGGCAAUUGGGUGCUUUUGCAGGAGGAUGAGCCCAGGGAGGUUUUGAAGUGGUGUAAGGAUAUCAAAGAAGGGCUGUUUGGGAAUGUGGAUUGGGCUGGUUUGAUUUGGUUCAUGGUGGAAAAGGAGUUGCUUAAGGGGGGGGGUCUACAGUUGGGGGAUUGUUACUAUGCAUCGCAUUUGCAGUUAUUGAUAAAAUCUCAGUGCGAGAGUUUGUUUUCGGACAAGGGACAAGGGUCUAGGGUGGAGAUUGAGUUGAAGGAGGACGGGGAAGAGGAUGGUAUAAUGGGUGGGGAGGAUGAUUUUCAGGGAGGCAGAUUGGAGGAGCACGGUAUUAAACUAUGUCUUGGGGAAGAAAAUGUGGAGAAAUGUUAUAUUGAGAAAGUCGAUGUGGAGGAAGUUGAUGUUGAGCAGGAAAAUGUGGAGGAACUUGAUGUUGACCAAGAAAAUGUGGAGAAAGUUAUAGGUGAAAGGGUGCUAGUUGAGGUUGAGGAUGAGGAUGUAAUGGAUGUCGAAGAAUUUAAGGAGGAAGAGCCUACCCAAUGGCUUUUGUCUGGGAAGGGCAAUUUAAAAGGACCUUGUUUGCAGCGGUGCAAUCUUCACGGGGUUGAGGAUUUGGGUUGUGGGGAUGAGAGAAAAAAUUAUAUGGAGUUGGGAGAAGAAGAAGAGGAUGAUCAGGAGGGAGGCUUCGACCUUUCAAUGAAGGGUUUUUCUUUGGAGGGGUUGUCUUCAGGAAGUCUUAUGCAGGUCAUGGAAGGGGGCCAUAUCCCUCUUGGCUCUGGUAUGCCACUGCAUGAUCAUUUGGCCACAGAUUUUCCUUCGUCAAGGUGGGACCUAAUGCUUCCUGGAAGUUCUUCACUUUCUGGUAAUGGUCACAAGAGAGAGUUUAGCCAUGAAAAUGAUAAUUCUGAUCAUGGUCUCGAUGGUAAUAAGAGGUUGAGGACUGAUGGCCCUUGGCAUAGUAAGAUGCCGGGUGACUUUGACGUGUGUAUGGAGCAUAUACAGCAGUGGAUGGGGAAAAUGGAGGAUAUACAACAGUGGAUGGGGAAAGCUAGGAUAAUGUAUGUGGCAAAAGAACAGGAGUGUGAAGACACUAAAAUGAAGCAGCAGCUUUUACUGGUAGAGUUGCAGAAAAGGGAUGAGUUCAUUGAGCACUUGCACAAGGCCAGGACCGAAGACCAGCAGAAGAGACAAACUGAGAAGUAUAGGUUUGAGCAUGAGGUUUAUUUGAUGCAAAAUCUCUUGAAUGGCUAUAGGAAGGCUUUAAAGGCAACACAAAAGGCAUUUGCUGAAUAUAAAGCACGCAAUCCACAGGCUGAUGAGCCACUCUAUAGAGAUGUUCCUGGUUCUGGGGGUCUUGUUUUAAGCACUCGAGAACUUGAAAAGCUUCGCUUAAAGCAAGAAGAAGAAGAGAGGAUGAGGCGCCUGGUGAUUGAAACAAAAAUUAAGGACUUUGAAGCUGGGUGGAUUAGCAAAUUUGAAGCACACCACAAGAGUGUUGAAGUAGUGAGUAAUAGGUUGUUGGGUGUGGAGAAGGAAGUGAAACUUCUCAAUGAACAGCUUACAAAACAGAGGCUUUCAGAGACACCAGAACAUACUCCAAAUGAAUCAUGAGAUGCUCGGUUGGGGAGUGUUCAAUUCUACAAAUUUAAUGUAGAGGCAUGUACAUGAGGAAUAGUCAACAUUCGGAAGUGUCUUCUUUCACACUAACUUUUACUUGACUGGUAAUGGGCUUAACAUUAGAGGUCAUUUAGUAGCUUAAAGCUUUUGUCUUAUUAGGGAUUUAUCUAAAUUCUAAUGAAUGAUGAACAAGAUGUUUGCAUCCAUUUAAGUGUUUUAAUGUACAUGCUAACGAACACUAGAAGAUCUGUAGUUUAUGUUCUGCAACUUCAUUCUCCUGUUGCAAUUAGUUGGUCAUUAAUCUUCUAGUA